CACGGCGAUCGGGGCCGUUGGGCUGCUGAGGCCCCGCCCUCGCCGCCGGGUACGCGGCCCUGGCGGCGGCUCGAGCCCAUGAAGGGGGCUCGGUGUCUGCGGUCCCCGGUGCUGGUGCUGCUGCUCCUGCGGCCGCUGCACGCAUCCGGAGACUCCGCGUCCCGCCCGCAGACCCGAGCCAUGAACCCGGGAGGCGGCGGCGCGCAGGGCUCCCCAGAGAACAGCCACUACCGUCUGCAGCGCUCCACCGUGCCGGGCUCCGAGCCGCAGCGCAGCAACGAGGUGCUCCUGCUGACGCCCGGGGAGGGAGAUUCCCCGGAGCAGCGGCACCACGUCCUCUACUUCCCUGGAGACGUGCAGAAUUACCAUGAGAUUAUGACUCGUCAUCCUGAGAAUUAUCAAUGGGAAAAUUGGAGUCUAGAAAAUAUUGCUACCAUUUUAGCCCGCCGUUUUCCCAAUAGUUAUAUUUGGGUAAUAAAGUCUUCCCGAAUGCAUUUGCACAAAUUCAGCUGCUAUGACAAUUUUGUGAAAAGCAACAUGUUUGGUGCACCAGAACACACUCCGGACUUUGGAGCCUUUAAGCAUUUGUAUAUGUUAUUAGUUAAUGCUUUUAACCUAACUCAGAACGGUCUGCUGUCCAAGAACAGGAGUGUUUGGAAUAAGGAUUGUAAAGCAUCUAACUGUGAGUCUAAUUCUUCUGCUACUAGUAAUGGUGGCCAAGAGGGAAACGAGAGGACCUGUGAGCAUGUUGAUGAGCCUUCCAUGAGUUUUGCUCCACUGUCAUUGGAUGGUGCAUCGUUUACUUUGAUUGGAUUUAGUAAAGGCUGUGUUGUUUUGAAUCAGUUGCUGUUUGAGUUGAAGGAAGCCAAGAAAGACAAGAACAUUGAUGCAUUCAUCAAAAGCAUAAGAACAAUGUACUGGCUGGAUGGCGGGCAUUCUGGAGGAAGCAAUACGUGGGUCACGUAUCCAGAAGUCUUGAAAGAAUUUGCUCAAACAGGGAUUACUGUUCACACUCAUGUAACACCUUACCAAGUACAUGACCCAAUGAGAUCCUGGAUUGGAAAGGAGCACAAGAAAUUUGUUCAGAUACUUGGGGAUUUGGGUAUGCAAGUGACCAGCCAAAUUCAUUUUGCAAAGGAAACUCCUUCCAUAGAGAAUCAUUUCAGGGUUCAUGAAGUAUUCUGAGACUAUUAAUGUGCUUGCUUAAUGGGAGAAUAAACUUUUGAGUGUUAUAAAUGGAAAUGAUGAGAUGCAAGAUUAACCAUGCAUCAUCAGUUUGUGGGCUAAGAAGAUGCACAUUCCAAAAAUAUGAGUGUCAAAUACAGUAGGAAUUUUUUGCUUGUUAAGUGUGGAUAGUUUUAAAUUCUGAUCAGAUUAGAAUUAGUUUGAAAUCUAAAAGGGUAGUUUGUGCUAAUUCUAUGACCAUUAAAAUGAAAGCAAAAUUACCCUUUUGUUACCCUUUUAAAAGGUAACAAAAUUGAUGUUGGAAAUAGUUGACUUUUCUGAGACCUAUUGUAAUCUAACUUUGGUAGUACGGCAUUCGGCUGGUGACUAGAGACAUCUCACUUCUCCAUGUCCAAGGCUCUCUGGGGACAGCAGCACUCUCCAUCCAGACUCCUGGGGUUUCUGAACCUCGGGACUGAUUUUCAGGGUUCCACCAAGUGUUUUUUCUUUAAAGUCAAAAUAUGUUUAUUCCCUCAUAUCCAAGAUUAUAGAAUUGUAUAGUUGGUUUUUAGAACAUAUUACACUGAGCACCGUAACUUAAUUCUUAAUUGUCGGUUUUUAAUUAUUUGUUAGUGUGCUCUCAAAACGAGACAGAUUUCACAGACCUAAAUCAGCAUUUCUUCAGAAACAUGGUUUUGUCUGCCAAGAGAAAAUAGCUUUCUUUGGCCAAAUGUAAAAUUAAAUUGAUGAGAUAAGAAAGGUUACAAAGGAAGGUUUGGAGACACAAAUAAUUUAAAUUUUGGCCCAGAAACUGAAUUAGCUUAACACUGCUACAUAAUUUGGGCACAUUUUCCUUUACUAGAAAAAUGCAUUUUGAGAAACCUAGAUCUAACAAAUUUCAACAUAUAUUGGAACAUAGCUGUGUAGUUUUAAAAAGUGGUCAGGCACUUUUUUAUUUAUAAAUAAUGCUGUGUAGGUCAUGAAAGAACUAAACAGGGAACUAAAACCUGCUGCUUUGGGAUUGGCAAGAAACUGUACUAAAGAAUGGCACCUCCCAGGCCCAGCAAGCUAGUCUAUUUAUCAAACAAUAUGAAAAGUGUUAAGUCUUCGGUUUCCUCCAAAAUUACAUCUUAAUCAACCUAUAAGUAUAUUCCAAAUAUUCACUCAUGAUAAAGGCUUCCUUCACACAUGUUGUUUAAAAAUGACAUGAUUCCAUCAACUACAGUUGAGUACAUUUUCAUAAGUAGUUUUAUAUUGUUUCACUUUCUUUGAAUAUCCAUUCUUUUGAGAUCAACACUUCCCACUGUAAAAAUAACUCACCUGGUUUCUAACUUACUGUGUAUUUCCUUAAUGUUAAGCACUGGGAUUUGAUGUCUUUCUUCAAUUUGUUUAAUAAUCCUCAAAUGUGUCAUUUAAUGUAAAACUGAACUACUGAAUGGUCAUACAGAGGCGAAGGCUUUAGUUUUCACAGGAUUAUCUGAAGUAAAAAGAGAAGGGUUUUCCUUUAAGAACUCCCUGACUUAGUGCUUCACCUCUCCCUGUGAAUGUUUGAUUGUUAACAUGUUAAAGUGGAUGAUGAUCAGAUGGACAGUAGCCAUCGUCACCUCUGGAGACGGUGUUAAGUACACCAGAUGCUUAGGAGUGGAAAGGGCUGCGUUGGCCCUCACACACGUAUUUCUGCUUAGUACUUUGGUCCUUUUCCUCAUCUGUUUAAAAUUGUAUAUGCUAAAUUUUUUAUGGUAAAUAUGCAUUCUACUUGAUCGUGCCUUUGUAAAGAGUCACUGAGACAAUUCGUCCUACAAAUGUGAACAUUGUUACCACUACAGCAUGAAUGUAUAAUUGUAUUAAAAAUAAUAAUCUACAGAAAUGUUAUUUGGAUGUGUUUAUCUGUUCCUUCAGACCAUUUGAAAGGAAAUGCUUCACCUUGCCAUUCUGUCUUUCCUUUCCUCUUUUUCAGUCAACAACUUCCUGUCCAUUGAGUAUGCCUCUUAAUUAUUCCAUAACCAACUGCAUUAUACCCAUUUCUUCUGUUGGGUUCCUAGAGGAAAUCCUUAAAAAGCUCUCCCUUUUCUUUGAUCUGUUGGGUUCCUAGAGGACAUCCUUAAAAAGCUCUCCCUUUUCUUUGUUGAUUGUCUUAGCUGUCUAUACUCCUUUAUCUCCAUAAAAGAGCACCCCACAAGUAUAAAGUGAAUCUAAGCCACAAGGAUUUAACAUCAAGUCCUAGCAUGUUAGUGGGUAAAUACAACAGCCUAGAGCUUAGGACGGAGUGUCUGAAACAGUAUUGUAGCUCCUUCAGAGGCCUCCGGAGGAACACAAAUUAAGGAAUAAGGAAUAAGUGGUCUCAUCUGUGAGUCACAUGUGCUUAAACUGUGGGCCUACCCAUCCUGAGUCAUCACCUGAGGAUGGAAACAUACUCAGAAGUCAUUUUAGUGUCUCCUGGUACGUUUAAGACACCCACUGAUUUGUACCUUUCAAGCAAGGUGAACACCAGAGUGCCAGCCCAUGAGUUCCUUGGAGGAGUCGUCACAUUGGCACAGUUCCAAAUUCUGUCAUAACUGCCUUUCACCUCCCUAAACCACCUCUCCUACCUCAUAACUCCAUAUUUAACUUUUUAUAGGCACGAGAUAAUGCCUUGUCAUUGGGUUCUUUGCAAAUGUUCAUAUAGCUGCUACAAAAGAAUAAAAAUUUACCUUUGUUGA